CGCGUCCCACACUCCACUUGAUGCAGUGCUGCAAUGCAAUGCAAGGGGCGGCAGCGGCUGCAUAUAAGAGGACAGCGAGCUGACACCAACGGCAACAGCUCCCACUUCACAACACGACGUUCCCCUGAAUACCCAAACAAAUCAUCAUGUCUACUCCAGCUGCAUCCACCACCGUCGCCGCUGCCGCUCCCAACCAGAGCGACGCUCGUUUCGAGACCACCGCAGCCUGGGCACAGGUCGAGGCACCGACCGCCGAACUCUCCAACGAGGUCGGCAAGAACGCCUCUCAAAUGCAGAAUGUUGCGGAGCAGGUCGCUGUGGAAGCUCAAGAGAAAAAACCUCAAGUCGUCUCCGCAGUGAACCAGCUUGAGGCAGGCCUUGCUCUAGAGAACAAGACCAAUCAGGCCUCCGAACAGGGACAGCGUGAUAUUGACAGCGCGAGAGCUACCGUUGCGAGCGCGGCGCAGAGCGCCGUGGAGCAGGCGAAAACGUUCGCAAACAGUGCCUACGAGACUGCUCAGUCGCUAUAUGGCGGCUUGCAAACCAGCUCGACAGAUGCGAUGACGAACAGCAACUUCUCGAAUACCGUGCAGUCCACCGCAUCAUCUGCACUGCAGACUGGCAAGGAGUACCUUGCAUCCGCGCAGACGAUGGUGCAGCCAACGGUCGAAAAGGCGAGGAGCAUGGUCACUGGAACGGCGUCCACAGGCUCCACAUCAACGCAGCCUGAUGCCGUUCCUGCCACCACGGCACCGCUAGAGUUCGACUCGCACGUCGCCAACACUCCAUACCCCGCCACUACGACUGGUCAACCUACAAAGAUCGGUGAGCUGUAGAUGGGUGAUCUGGGCAGAUUUUCUUGUACGACAGAAUGAAUUGUACUCUAGGGUAGUAUUUACAUAGAUGGACCGUUUGGCCGACAGAUUGUCCGCUCUGAGGCUGAAAGCAAUAGAGUGACAUGUCAUCUGAUCCGAACAGGAUCGCGAACG